AUGAUUGGUUGUGGUAACAAAACAAGAACUCAAAAGGAGGUUUGUGAAAUGUUUAAUGAUAAAUACCCGGGUAAACAAGUUUCACAGUCUACAGUUAGCACAAUUGAAAAGAAGUUUCGUUAUUCUGGACAUGUAAAAAAUAUUGAAAAACCAGAUUGAGAAGAAUCCGCAUAAGACAACUUGAGAAUUUGCCGCCGUCAAUGAUGUAAGUAAAUCAUCUAUUUUGAGAAUUUUGCACAAAGAAAAAUAUCACCCUUACAAACUUCAGUUGGUUCAGGAGUUAAAUGAAGAUGAUCCUGAUAUAAGGCAAGAAAUCUGUGAAAUAAUGAUGGACAGAAUGAACGUGGAUUUGCAGUUCAUAAACAAAAUAGUGUUUUCUGA